AUGAUCAGUAUGUUUGCUGACGAACCAUUUUUUAUUCAAAAAUCUACCAACAACAACAACAAUAAUGAAAUUGAAGAACCAGAAUCUAAAAAAGAUCCAUUGACAACUUCUAUCUGGCGACUUUACACAAAAGCUAAAGAUAAUUUGCCUCACGAUUCUCCAAAAAUUUCAGAAACUAUUUUAAAAAGUCAGAUAAUUGGAAAUUCUGAAAUAUAUGAUAAUAACUUUGAUAUAGAUAUGGACAACGAUAGCAAUCAAAAUGAGUUUAUUGAUUUUGCUGAUAACGAAACAAUAUUAUUCGAACACGCUGGCAUAGUCACUUCACCAUCUGACACCAGCACAACUAACACUGAUGAUAAUUACACCUCACCUUCUUCACCCGUCUUGACUUCAAAAACUUCCGCUAUUCCAAUUCCACCGGCUCAAACUUCUUCAACCAACAAUAACAACUUUAUUCAUAAUAAUACAAACAGAAUCAAUAAUAACACAAUGAUGGAUAUCUCUUCAAUGGGUUAUACUUUUGAUAUUGACUCUAAUGAAAAUUUGAAUCAGUACCAAUCAAAUUUUUUAAGUAGAAUGGUUGUGAAACAAGAUCAUUACAAUGAUCGUCCAAUACUUGUGCCUGUGUCUAGAUCCAAUAAUAAUAAUAAUUUCGAUUUACAAAAUACAAUGAUUUUUGAAAAGUCACAAAAACCAAAAUCUACAAAUUAUCGUCAAGCAUCAAGGUUACCAAGUAUCACAAUCCCUAAUGAUACUCCUCCUGAUGACUCAAAUGUAGAAUCGGAGUCAAUGUCAUCUUCCAUUACAACCACAUCAACGACCAAUCAAUUUACCUUCUCGGAUCCUUAUACUUCUCAUUUUGGUCAACCAAUAACAACAAUCGAUUGCCCAUCUAAUGCAUCGCAACUGUCACUACCACAAUCUCAACCCCCGUCAACAACUACAUCCUUAAUGAACAUUUCAGUUCCUCAUUAUCAUUAUUCUAAUAAUAAUUUCGUAAGCCCUGGUAGUAGCAUCAACGAUAAUUCGUUAUCGUCAUUCACCACCAAUCACCACCAAUCAACUACAAAUACGUCAUCAUCUCACAUCAAUAAUAACAAUUUAUUAUCUUCAUCUUAUGAUCUAAUGUCAACUGAUCCCAUCAUCUUACAUCCAAAUAUAGAAAAUUGUAAAAUAAAAACGCUAGAUUCCGAUUAUAAUCGUUGGAAUAAUAACAGCGUCAACAAUGAUGCUAACAAUAAUUUAAUUAACGAUCAAAUAAUACCAUCAUCUAUAACUGGUAGUUGUGAUGACAACAAUAAUAACCCCAAAAGACAAUCAUCAAUAAGUAUUGUCAAAAAUUCAAAUUCUCCUAUUACCUCACCAAAUUUACCUGACACUAUAAUAUCACCACAAAGAUCAUCAUCACGGUCAUCAACACAUCCACAAUUAAAUACAAACUUAAUAAAAGCAUCAAACUCUACACCUACAUCACCGAUUUCGCCAAUUUCACCAAUAACUUCUACAACGCUGACAACAUCACCCAAAUCGAUGCCAUUAUCGAUUGAUAACAAAGACGGCAGUAGCAACAACUUAUCAUCAUCAAAAAACUCAAUACCUACAACUUGUACAAAUUGUCUUACCCAAACCACACCAUUAUGGCGUCGCAAUCCUGAAGGUCAACCAUUAUGUAAUGCUUGCGGUCUUUUCUUAAAAUUACAUGGUGUGGUCAGGCCUUUGAGUCUAAAAACUGACGUGAUAAAAAAACGCAACCGUAAUGGCUCGACAUCAACAACUAAAACCUCUGGUAAUAAAACUGGUAAGAGUACGGUUCAAAUGGGUCCUGGUGGCCCAAGUAUGGGCGUCAUGGGUAAAAGAGUUUCAUUAUCGAUGACUCCAAAGCAACAUCAUCAACACAAUAAUCCCAUGAACGCUCUUAUGAACGGCACCGGUGGCUUUAGUAACAAUAGUAUGCAACAAACAACUGCUUCCAUAUUAUCAACAUCUGCCCCAACUGCCGUAACACAAUAUCCAAAUAUUGCAUCAACAACAAAUGACUCUUUUCAAUCAAUAACAGCUACUGUCGCAUCAUCAUCAAAACGUCAAAGGAGAUCGUCAAACGACGAACAACAAAUAUUGUAUGCUUCUCAAAUAUACAGACAGUUGGAUAACAGCUCGACAAACAUUUCAUUUGAUGUCGCAAUUAGUAACUGUUAA